AUGGUACAAAAGCCACUUAAAAAAGUUAAGAUAACAAAAAAGCCUACAAAAUAUUUCAAGAGAUCUAACAAAGAUAAAUCAGUAGAUUUUUUAAUUAGUAAAGAAAUAAAUAAGAAGAAUUUACAAAAUGUAAUAGCAUUAAGUAAUAGAAAUAGAAAAAAUAAAUAA